AUGUCCUCAAAAAUCAUAAAAGAAAAUAAAAAAUUAGUUUUAAAUUUAUAUAAAAGAUGUUUAUAUUCAGCAAAAAGAUGUCCUAAAUUUCAAAAUCAAUUAAUGAUGGAGUCAUACAUCAAACUUAAAUUCAGAUCAAAUAAAGAUGUACAUCAAAGAGAUUUCGAAACAAUCGAAACAUUAAUAAAACAAGGCGAAGAAGAAUUAAAAUCAAUGAAUGAAUAUCACGAAUUAAGAUCAAAAAGUAAGAAGGGUGAAGAUUUUGAAAGUAAUUUCGAUGAUGAAUUUAAUUAUAUUGGAAAUAAAGAAAACAAAUAA